CUGCCAGUGUCCACUCCCCCCGCUGAGACUCUGCCAAUGGCCACUCCUGCCACAGACACUCUGCCAGUGUCCACUCCCCCCGCAGAGACUUUGCCAGUGUCCACGCCCCCCGCAGAGACUCUGCCAGUGUCUACUCUGCCAGUGUCUACUCUGCCAGUGUCAGUUCCCUCAGCAGACAUUAUGCCAGCAGCAAUUCUCCCCACCGAGACCAUAUUAGCAUCUGCCUCUUCUGCAGAGAUGCUGCCAGCAUCUGUCUCCUUUGUGGUAAACAGUGCCACAACCACCCAGACAAUAAUUUCUCCAUUUACUUUGACCACAUGGGACAAAACUGUGGCAAUUAAUCCCUUGUAUGAUGUGCAUUUGAUUUCUCCCACUCAGUCAGUGUUGCCUGACAACCUUGAUGUGGAACUGUUUUGUGACUUUGAGCAUGGUCUAUGUGACUGGGAACAAUCCACAACAGAUGAUUUUGACUGGGUGCUUCAUCGGUACCAAACAGCCUCAAGAGAGACAGGACCAAAACGUGACCAUACGAAAGGCCAGUGCAAAGUCCAAGGAGGUCACUAUCUGUACCUGGAAGGUUCAUUUCCUCAGCAGAGUGGGGAACAGGCAACACUCAUCAGCCCUCCACUGAGAGGGCAGAAGUGCCUAACGUUCUGGUACAAUAUGUUUGGGAAACACAUGGGUUCCUUAAAUGUAUUCCUGAAAUACGAACAGUCAACUUCCUGGCACAAGCUGUGGUCUGUCUCUGGAAACCAAGGCCGGAAGUGGCUGAAUGCUGUGAUUGAUAUUUUCACUGACGGGGCCAAGUUCCGAGUGAUUAUUGAAGGUGUGCUGGGACCGAGCUAUCGGAGCGAUGCUGCAAUUGAUGACGUGCAGAUCUACAGAAAUAGCUGUGAGUCAAGCUGGAAGCACUGGAACCCAACCUGCACUCGCGGUCUGAAGAAAAGGAACAAAUAUCACUUGGGUUAGAGAGUUGUGACAGCAAAUUUCUUCCUUCCAGUCCUGCACAGGGUGUGCUGAUUGCCCAGGGCAGUAUUCGUGGAUUGGCAAAUCUGCACCCCAAGGGGGACAAGCGAUGUUUUGCAUUCAGGAGAGGACCUUGCCAGGAAAUAUUCAAGAGACGAUGAAGUGUCACCUUCUGAGAGAUUGGAGCUUUUUUAGACACCUGACCCUCUUCCCAUUGCGAGUCUCUUGCUUCUGAGACAAUGUAUUCAGGAUCAGAUGCAAUAAAUGCUUAGAAUUAGUU